UGAAUCCCAUCUAUCAAAUCCUCAUUACAACCACAGGUUCCCUCCCUUUCAUCCAAUAUAAAACAAAACCUUCUUCAUUUUCAAACAAUCACCACUACUACUACUACUACAACAACAAUGGCUUCCAAAACUCUCUCCUUCUUCUCCAUGCUCAUACUCAUUGCACUCUCUAUUCUGCCAAAUGCCAACACUUGCCAUGCAGUAGCUCGGCCUAUACCGAUCGAUACUGAGUUAUCAACUUUGCCGAAACCUACAUUACCACCAGGAUUACCAACGGUUCCGGAUGUCCCAAUACCUCAAAUUCCCAAGAUCCCUGAUAUUCCUCCUAUUCCUCUCAUUCCCACCACCCCAAUAAUCUCACCGCCCCCUUCUACUUCUAUUCCAAUCAAUUUGUUGGUUCAAGCAAUGGCUUCCACAGCAUCAAUCUUUAUCAUCUUGGUUGUUGUUUUGAUCUUCGGCAACAACCAAACAUGCAGCUCGGCCCGUGUACUCACCGAAGCUGUUCCACAUACACCGGAAUCACUACCUCCAUUACCAACCGUGCCAGUUUUUCCAAAGCAUACAUUACCACCGAAAUCUAGCAUGCCAUUUCUACUGAAACCUACAUGGCCACCAAAAGCAGCAGAGCCUUAUUUUUCUAAAUCUGCACUACCACCACUGCCUUCGGUACCGGUUCUUCCAAACCAUGCAUUUCCACCAACACAAGAAGUACCAACUUUACCGAAAUCUAUGAAGCAACCAAUAAUCCCUGCUAUUCCUCCUUUCCCUUAUAUUCCUGGUAUUCCCAGUAUUCCUCCACUCCCUGCUAUUCCUCCCUUCCCUUAUAUUCCUGGUAUUCCCAGUAUUCCUCCACUCCCUGCUAUUCCUACUAUUCCUUCUAUCUUCACUACUCCACCACCUCCAUCUUAUAAAACCAAUCCUUGAUUUGAUUAUGAUCAGCUUAAUUAUAUACCUUGGUAGUAUUGAUAUUUGUAUUGAGAUUUUAGCUAGUUUGUCUCUUGGGAUGUAUUGUAUUGUUUUCCAUUUUAUACUAUUGCUUCAUGUAUCUUUGCUUAUGAUUUAUGAAUAAAAGUCUUUGGUUAGACUUA